UCUUACAGCAGAAGGCUGGGAAAAAGCAUGAAGCGUCUUCUACCUGCGUGGAACAUCAUGAGCACUCGGAGGAGCCCGGGAGCGCGCGCACAGGUUCAACACAUGGCAUUCAAAGGAACAGUUAGUAGUUAAAAGAAAAACGGGAUUUUUGCAUUCCUAAAGCCAAACUGUUUCAUUAGUUUAGAAGGUCUGACCGCAUUCCAUCAACCUCAGGAUAAAUGUUCUUCUGCAGGACUGAAAUCGCCGCGUUAUUGGAUUGUUUUAUCUGGUUGAAUGAAGUUCUCAAAGAUUGAAACUGCUGACUCCUGUCCAAGCGGAUUUUGCGACCCUCCUCACAGAUGAUGAUGCGCUUUAUCGUUUAGGGGUGCUGAAUCUUACAAAUUUACAAAGUUUCUCGCAGGACAAGCCAUCCUCAUCCUUGGACUAGUUAAUUGUUUUAUUUUACUUAUUUUUUUGGUUUUACUUUGAAAGGCAUCUCACCAUGUCGAUCCCACUUUCCAGAACGCAACUUGCCCUCUUCUUUAUUCUGCUUUGUCCGGUCAAUAUCAUCGGGCUCUGGUGGGCAGUGGGGAGUCCGUUGGUUAUGGACCCAAACAGCAUCUGCAGGAAGACAAAACGCCUGGCGGGCAAGCAGGCCGAGCUAUGCCAGAACCAGCCGGAGAUCGUAAACGAAGUUGCUAAGGGUGCAAAGCUGGGUGUGCGAGAAUGCCAAUACCAGUUUCGCUUUCGACGCUGGAACUGUACCAGCCAGAACAAGUACUUUGGCAAAGUCCUCCAGCAAGACAUCCGAGAAACAGCAUUCGUGUACGCCAUCACCGCAGCGGGUGUGACGCAUGCAGUGACCCAGGCCUGCAGCAUGGGGGAGCUGCUGCAGUGUGGCUGUGAGGCCACGCGGAGCAGAGGGCCACCACCUCGCUUAGCAAAUAUCGGCCCAACGGAAGGAGUCAAGUGGGAGUGGGGGGGCUGCGGGGACGACGUGGAGUUCGGCUAUGAGAAAUCUAAGCAGUUUAUGGACGCCAGGCGGAGGAAGGGCAAGAGCGACAUUCGAACCCUGAUAGACCUUCACAAUAACGAAGCUGGACGAUUGGCGGUGAAGAAUUAUAUGAGAACUGAAUGCAAGUGUCACGGGCUGUCUGGCUCUUGCACUUUACGGACCUGCUGGAAAAAAAUGCCUCACUUCCGUGAGGUGGGCAACCGCUUGCUCGAGCGCUUCAACGGGGCCUCUAAAGUGAUGGGUGGGAACGACGGUAAAACUGUCAUCCCGGUGGGCCAAAACAUCAAACCUCCAGACAAGCAGGACCUGAUCUACUUAGCAGAGUCGCCGGACUUCUGCCUGCCCAACAGGAAGACGGGGUCUCUGGGCACGCGGGGCCGAAUGUGCAACAGCACGGCUCUGGACGUAAGCGGAUGUGACCUGCUGUGUUGCGAGAGGGGUCAUCGGCAAGAAACUGUGGUUCUGGAGGAAAACUGUCUCUGCCGUUUCCACUGGUGUUGCGUGGUGCAGUGUAAAAAGUGCUCUGUUAGGAAGGAACUGAGUUUGUGUCACUGAUCCAGAGACUGAGAAGUCUGGGUUCAAAGCAACAAAUCUGGAAGUCAUACUAGAGCACUGACUAAAAACAAGAGUAUCUAGGGUGACUCCAGAUUGACUCCAGAAUGUACUGCACGACAUGCAAACACUUCAAACCCUGAGGCUUUGGAAAAGACUGUAGGAGUGUUUGAAUAACAAGAACCACUGGGGGUUUUUCAGCUGUGAAGUCGAAACAUUUGCAAAUUCCUAUCAGCAAAGUGAAGAGGGCUCUUGAGUAUCUGUGUUUUUUUUUUUUUUAGAUCAGCCCUAUAUAUUCUGUUAGUUCAUUGCUAUAAAUGGUUAUAUCCUCUGAUGGGGUGAGCACAGAGCCGAUUCACAGAGACACUUCUGUGAACACACAGGGACAACAGCCAUGUUGUGAGAUAAGAGAAGCAAGGUCACAUGAUUUCUGCAUGUGCCUAUAUUGGCUGUGCAUGCAUAUGCUGUCUGAAGAGACUGAAGCAUUAAGAAAGGAUAUUUUGAUUAGUGCUCUAUAAAAUGAACAUCUUGAUACAAAACAAAGACUCUUAUUUAUAAGCAUUUUAAUAAGAUGACUACUUGUAAUGAAUUAACCUAUGCCCUGUCGUUUGCUGUCGAAAGCACUUUGAAUAUGAGAACCUUAUUGAGCAUAAAGAGUAACAUACCAUUUCACUCUUAAACUUUUCAAAGGUAAGCAAAUGCAAGAGAAGCAAAUGUAAAAAUAACCUUUUAUGUGUCUAUUAUUUAAUCUACAGGGCUUCAAUGCACUUCUACUGAUACCAAUCACUCUUGUUCAUUAGUUUCCUCUAUAGUAAAACACGUUUUCAGUGGUUUGUUUCAGUUUUGGUUGCUUGUUCUUAGAUUAAAGAGUUCUUGCAUAUUGUAUAUGCUAUGAAAUGCCUUUCAGUAUGCUAACACUGCUCAGACCUACUGAUCAUUAACCACAUACGGUAUAUGUACAUGAAUUUUAACAUUAUGAUUUUUCAACAUUACCAUCCUUUUGAUGGAGAGUUAACAAAUAUUGUAAUAUGGUUUCUGUGGUAACCAGGACUCUUCACAGGCCUGUCCACGUGUCUCAUUCGAUAUGUUUGUGGUAUCUAUAGCUCAGCAAAUCACUGCAUGUUCAAAAAUGGAGCAAUUUCAGGACUUUUCAGUGUCAUUUUUAAUAUAUUCAGUUUCUCACACACAUGCAUUAUGUUUAAAAAUAUUACGUUUUAUCAGCUAAGGAUUAGCCGUGAGAAUUUCAAUAAUCAUUUCAUCUCAAACACCCUUUCUUUCUGGAAUAGAAUUCCUUAAUAAGGGAAUAAUUCAUUUUGUGAACUCAUAUGCAUUUUUUAAAUGAUCCUAAAAAAUAUAUGUACUUGAUAUUAAAACAAAACGGUUUGACUAUUGCAGUAUCCAAUUCCUGUUAUAAACUUUUCAUUCAAAUGUGUAGGUCGUCUUUCUUGUGGAAUAUGUGAAAAGAUAUAUAUUUCUCAUAAAACAACUGUUUAUAAAGUCAUUUUGCAUUUAUUCCUUUCAGAUUUGUGUAUUUUUAUAUUUAUAACCUUAAUGCAUUUGAAAGGAAGUUCAUUCAGAUAUUAAAAUUAAAGAGACUGGAACUGAGUCCGACAUCUGCUCAUGAAUGAAUA